AUGGCCAAGAAGAAGGCGGCGCGCGACAAGAUCAUGGCCACCAAGACCGACGAGAAGGGGCUGGUCAUCGUCCAUACCGGCAAGGGCAAGGGCAAGUCGACGGCGGCCUUCGGCAUGAUCUUCCGGCACAUCGCCCAUGGCCGUAAAUGCGCGGUGGUCCAGUUCAUCAAGGGCGGCAUGGAGACCGGCGAGCGCGACCUGAUCGGUCGCCAUUUCGGCGAACUGUGCGAAUUUUACACGAUGGGCGAGGGGUUCACCUGGGAAACCCAGGACAAGAAGCGCGACAUCGAGAUGGCGCGCGCGGCCUGGAAGAAGGCGAAGGAGCUGAUCCGCGAUCCGGACAACAAGAUGGUGCUGCUCGACGAGAUCAACAUCGCCAUGCGCUAUGACUAUGUGCCGGUUGAGGAGGUGGUCGAGUUCCUGCGGGAGGAAAAGCCGCCCAUGACCCAUGUCGUUCUGACCGGACGCAACGCCAAGGACGAGCUGAUCGAUCUCGCCGACCUCGUCACCGAAAUGGAACUGGUCAAGCAUCCGUUCCGCUCCGGCGUCAAAGCGCAGAUCGGGGUGGAGUGGUAG